CGCAUUACAAGCAGACUUGAUGGUGUCAACCUGCGGGUUUGUUGUUCACUGGCACAGAUACAAUAAACGCAACAAAUGGUCACAGUACAAGUGACAAAUUUGAAGCCACGCUGAAGCCCAGUUUGUCUCAUGUUGCAAAUGUCUUGAACAUGGCAAACGCUGUUCGUGCUGCAGCGUUACUUUUAUACCUGUGGAGUGUUUUCGUGCAGUUCAGUGGCCUAUCAGGUCUUGGGAUCAACGAGCUGCUUUAUUUCCGGGUCAUCAGUCCAGAGGAAAUUGGUUACAUCUUCAGUGCAGCACCUGCCAAAGACUUUGGCGGAGAUUUUACUUCGUUUUAUGAUGAGAUAUUGUUGGUGCCAGCAGAGCCUGCAGAUGCCUGCUCAGAGCUGAAGGACAGAGAAAUCAUCCAAGGACAAGUAAUCCUGGUGGAAAGAGGAGAGUGCUCCUUUGUACAAAAGACACAUUAUGUAGAAGAAGCAGGAGGCAAAGCUGUUCUGAUUGCUGAUAAUGCAGUGGACAAUGACAGUCAGUACCUUGACAUGAUUACCGAUGGAACCUCGGCCAAACCGAACAUACCUGCUCUGUUUCUACUGGGACGUGAUGGGAUGAUGAUCAGACGAUCUCUUCAAAGACAAGCUUUGCCUUGGGCUGUUAUUUCCAUUCCGGUCAACGUUUCCUCCCUUGCUUCAUUCCCUCUGAAGCAACCGCCAUGGACACUGUGGUAGAAGUGACUCACACCCACAACUUCACCCCCUUUCUUAGUCAGUCAGUCACUCACUCACUCACUCACUCAUUCUUUCUUCAUAUCCUGUCAGCCACGAAUGCACGCACAGCCUCACAGGAAAGCCAUCGAUGUUGGUUAAAGAAAUUACACACGAGAGAUGAACAGAUUAAAAAAUUGGCCACUGAAGAGGACGAUAACGUGGUUAGAUCACACCUCCACACAGAACCAGGGCCAUGUGGAGGAAACCUCUUUGUUGGAUGUGAAGACAGAGAAACAAGAGACAUGCGUGUGCUCAUUAGGUGCUAAGCUGAAGUUUGAAAUACUUGUUCAGUGCCCUUCUAAGUUGUACCUGUCCGACAUAGAGCUUCAGUCAUAGCUUAUAUGACAUCAGACAGUUGUGUAGGUGUAAUUAAUUUACUACUUUAACUGAGUCAAACAGGUGAGUGGGCAUGAAUGUGUAUUCAUGAUAUGUUGGUCAUCAGUGAGUAGUGAUUAGGAUGAAUGCAACACAUACAAACUGAAGUACUCUCUGACAAACAGAGUCGGCCGUUCAAAUGUGGAUGAACGCGACCGUUGACUUGUUGAAGAGAAACACGUUCACAACAACUUGAGCAGGUGAGGAGAUGCUGUGAAUUCUGCGUUCUGACACGAGCUCACUCUGACAAUUACCAGAGGUUAUACCAGGAAGCUGGCAGAAGAAUAUCAAGAGAAUCUCCAAAGUGACUUCUGUGUGCAUCUGUGUUCAUACAUGCAAGUCUGAAAGCUGCUGCUAUACACUGCGUAUCUGAUAGUAACGUAUGAGAAUGAAAUGUAACAUAACCUAGAACAAAAAACAGCCUAUGACUGCAAAUGCUAUGUUGCCCACUAUAUGGCAUCUUAGUAUGAAAAUGUAAAUACAUUUCUGUUUAUCUGCAUGAACUAACAGGGUGAAACUAUGAUCAGUUUUUUUUGUUUUGGUAAAUAAAUACGAGAUCACACAA